AGGCAGACGGAGCUGCGCCUUCAGAUGAUACACCCCUAGAAGAGUUGGUGGUGGAUCGCUUGCUGUCGAUGAUUGACGAGCCAGGUGAUCAAACAGAUCAAGCUGGAAAGGAGGAAAAGAAGCAGGCUGAAAAGUCAGCGAAAAAGGAGGCGAAAGAGGCAGCAAAACAGGAGAAAAAGGCAGCAAAGGAUGCCAAGAAGAAGAAGAAAAAGAAGGAUGACGAGAAAAAACCAAAGCGCCCCGACAAAGGUGCGGCAGUUUCUCCGGCGAAAGUGGCCAAAGGCAGCCAACCAGAGGAUGCGGAGAAAGCUCCGGCCAAAGCGGCAAAAGGGCGCUACGAGUGGCCGCCGGAUCCGCAAGAGGAACGAAUGACAGUAGCAGGAGCCAUUUGUGAUGCCCAGUCGAGGUUGCAGUUGAGUGCCUACACCGACCUGCGCAAAUGGUUUCAGGGAGAACCAUCAGAAAUGCGGCAUCCGGAUUCAAGCAAACCUGGAUUGCGACAAGAGGAACUGGCAGGAGGCACUGCGGUGGUGUCACUGGAGGGACUUCAGAACUGGAGCGACGACAAGGGCGCUGGCUGGAGGACCAUGCGGAAAGCUGUGGCAGGCAAGAACAAAUCCGAGAGCCGCUGGUUCGGCGCCAACUCAUGGGGAAGCUGGCGUAUGGCAUUUCUCUUGGCGCGACUUCAACACCAGGUCUGGCAGCGGGCAGCCCAGGCCCCAGCGCCAGCGGCGGUUCCCGUGGCGCCGGAGGCGGCGGAGGCGGUGUGUCAGGCGGCGGAGGCGCCGGGGGGCGAAGCGACCAGAGACGCGAAACCUCCCGAGGCGGAACAGGCGCUGAAUGGUGCUGAAGAAUGGCACAACUUCUCUCCCAAAACCAUCGAUUCGAAGCUCUGCUUGGCACGGACCUGGAAUGCUGGCGCGGGCGGCCAAUGCCAGGAAUCACGGCCCAGCGACAGCGUGCUGUGCUACAAGCAUCAGAGGAUGGCGGUAUCCAAGCAGGGCUUGCUGAAUGGCUUGGCCGAUGGGCCCAUCCCCGAAAAGAGGUUGAAGGAAUUUCAGGAAGCUGUGGUCAGAGGUUUGUUGGGCUCAGGACGAAAGAGAGCUCCUGCGCCGGAAGAGAAAGAGAAACCUGAACGACCUGAACGACCUGAACGCAAGCGUCAAAAGACCAGUCGAAAGCGCCCAAAGUCGAAAGGUUCGAAAGCAGAACAGAAAGAAACGCCCAAAGAGACAAGGAAGAAAACGCCUGAUCCAGCCGACAAAGCUGCACCGGGCAAAUCCACGACCCCCACUCCCAAGCGUGUGCGUCGGAGCAAUCGAAACAGGACCUCGAAACCAAAGGAAGCCGCAAAAGAAGCGACGCUUCCCCCGCAAAGGCCCGUCAAGGAGGCGGAGAUGUUUGGAAGGAAGCCAAAGGAAGGGAAGCCGAAGCAAGGACUUGGUCGUGGACGGCCCAAAAAGUCGGAAAGCCAGAAAAGUGCACCCGAAGUUCGCGAGCCAGAUCCGAAGCAGACGCAAGGAGAGGUCCGAAGCCGUCGAUUUUGGGCGAAGAUGUCCAAUUUGGAGCAGCAACGAAGAAACCAGAACAAGUGGACAAGCGUGGAUGAUGCAAUGGACCAUGCAAUGGACCAGGCCUUGAAUCAAAUUGAUGUGGAGACCCAAAAAGGACCCCUGAAGAGCUUGGUGAACGCGCAGGGCUGCAUCCCUCUGAGCGGAAUGGGGAAGGCUGUGGAUGCCAUGAAGUCGACUCCACUGGAGCAUCGCUUGCAGUUCACCAUGGUGCUGCGAAAGACAAUGCUGCACUUGCCCAGCAGCACCACCCAAUUCAUGAUGCAAGGAGGCGUGGCGGCCUUGCGCCAAUGGCUCAAAGACGCCCUGCCGGCACCCGGACAGUCCACCAACAGGCAACAGGAGGAGGUGGUCCUGGAGUGCCUGGGCCUUCUGCAUGAGGUCCCGGUGACGCUGUCAGUGCUGCAGAGCACCGGCAUUGGUUCCACCCUGAUGGCCAUUCGCAACUACGUGGCUCCUGCCAUGGCAGAUGCAGGGGAGCUGGUCAACAAAUGGAAGACGCAGUUCGCCAAAGAGCUGAAGCGUUCGAAGUCCUCGGACUCCAAGGACUCCAAGGCCCAGGUGGUUCCACCGGCUGCCCAGGCAGCUCAAGCAGCAAGCUCUGCAGGCCCCGCGCCAUCCACUCCACCGAUGCCACCUCCACAGCUGGGUCCACCAGUCGGCCCUCCGGCGCAGACGUCAACGCCACCAAAGAGGGUCAACUUUGCAACGCGAAUGCUGUGGCGGAAGCGUGAGCGUCAGCGCAACGCCCAAAACGAAAUGGAGGCAACUCUUCGAGAACUCUUUCGCUUGCAUCAGGUGUUGGAGGAAGAUCCUCCGGACGCCAAAAAUAUUGAUUUGCGACACCUGGACAUCGACUGAGAGAUUCGUGGCAGGUCAACCACAGCCAGCGCCGAGACUCUGCCUUGCGCCGUUUUUCGCGGCG